CAACUACAAAUCUACGCCCAUAAAACAACAAUCACAAAAAAUAUUAUCUUUCAAAUUAAAAACGUCAAAAAAUGUCAAUAAUAAGGUGAUACGUAAAAUUUUUAAUGUAGCACUAAAAUAGCAAACGAAAGCAAUACCUAUAAAUACAAGCUCAAGUGUACAGGAGACGAAAAUGGGGAGUCCACAUGAAUUUGACUUUAGCAAAAUCCUGGAUCAAACACAGUACACAUAUUUGUCAGAAAGUUUGACAAAUAAAGAUGAGUUCGAAAGGCCUUUGGGAAGGUCUACGAGGGGGGAGAAAAGUCCAUGGGCUCCUCCGUUGAAGGACUCCUUGGUGAACCGUCUCCGACCCAUGGUGGUGAUGGUAGGUGCCCUCGAAGUGGUCAUUGGACUGACCCUGGCACUUGCCGUCAUAUUGUACGAACAUGAUUACAAUGAGCUGUAUGAUACUGUUGAUACUGGUCUUGUAGGUUUGAUGUCAUGUGGUGGACUAGUAGUCCUAACUAUCAGCGGAAUAAUGCUGUUAACUUCAGUAUUCUAUGACAAAAAGAGACUUAUGAGGUAUCACAUUUUACUAUCAACAAUACUAUGCGUGUACAUAUUCGCAUUAUCUGUUGUGAAGAUUCAUUUUGCUAUUGUCGUACUUGAAAGAGAUAUACGCAAAUUAAUUCUACCAGAAAGCAGACACUUUCUGGUGAGCAACGCGUGUGUUAUUGGCAUCAGUACUAUGUCUGGAUCAGUGAUUCAUUUCAUCGCAAAUGUAACUGUGUUUACAUAUUACAAUUUGAAGUACUUACGGCCGAUUUUAUUCAAUUGCGGACCUUAAACGAUUUUAUUUGUAAAUAUUAAGUUUUUAUUGACCUAAUAAAGUUCCUAGCCUUAGAAUUUAAGGCGUACUCAAU